AUGCGCAUUAACGCCGCGGCUGCUGUACGCGUUUUGCUGCACCGAGAGACGGAGGGUUUUCAGGAGACGUUUACUGGGCCGUUUCUGUCCGUUACCGACACCAUGUACACGCUGAAGACUAGAUGUCUAUGAGGACUGACGUACUGUCUGAUGGAUUUAUUCUGAGAUAGAAUGAAGUUGGAUGGCAUGCAGUAUCUCCAAGAGUUCAUGGCACACUUUGGCCAAUUUAUGAGUCCCAACUAUGGAAGAGUGACCGGAGUAUGAUGCCACAAAGAAAAAUGAAGAUCAGCCAUGCCUCCAUUGCUGAUCUCCAUCAAGGGCACUCAGUUUUUACUGCUGUCUGGGACUCUCCUUCUUCUCUUGGAUAGUUUCAGUUUUAACAUACAUCAUACCACACACAAGACCUUGUUUAUGGACGAUAUCAUUCUGUCACGAGAAAGAUGAAAUUUCCUUUUAUUAGAACUCCCAAUUAAAACAAGGACACACAAGUUACAAACUCUGGAAACUCAAAGUGUACAGAUGAAGUUGCAUUAUGGCAGCUGAAUCUCUUCAACAGCUGCAUUCACGUAUCUGGUUCGAAGGAGAGUGAUAUUUUCACAAUGCAGCGAAGUGGAGGCAUCAUCGGGAACAACGGCCAGCCAUGGGUUCUGCGGCGAGUACGGCUCACGUGGCUCAGUUUCAUGCUCUUUUUCAUCCUGGUCUUCUUCCCUCUCAUUGCACAUUACUACCUCACCACAAUAGAUGAAGCAGGGGGACCAGAUAAGCGCAUUUUUGGGCCAAGACCUGGAGGAGAGCUGUGUGAAGCAAAGCAUGUGCAAGAUCUGUGUCGUAUACGGGAAUCUGUCAGCGAGGAACUACUUCAGCUUGAGUCAAAGCGGCAAGAGCUCAAUGGCGAGAUAGCCCGACUCAACCUACGCAUCGAGGCUUGUAAACGUAGUAUUGACGCACACAAACAAGACUUGCUACAACUCAAAAAUGUCAUCAGCCAGACAGAGCACUCUUACAAGGAACUUAUGGCACAAAACCAGCCAAAACUGUCGUUGCCAGUUAGACUUUUACCAGACAAGGAUGAUCCUGGAUACCCUCCACCCAAGUCGGCCCAAAGCUGUCGUUUGCAUUCUUGUUUCGAUUACGCUAGAUGUCCACUUACAUCUGGCUUCCCUGUCUAUGUUUAUGACACAGGAUCAUAUCCUUGGGGUGAGAAGUUGGACCCUCUUGUCAAACAAGCCUUCGCAUCAUCCGUCAAAAGCAGUGUAUAUGUCACCAAUAAUCCAAACAUUGCCUGUCUGUACAUAGUGCUUGUUGGGGAAAUACAAGAAUCACCUUCCUCUCCCCCUGCUUUACCUUCUGACCUUGAAAAGCAGCUCAAGGCUUUGCCGUAUUGGAGGUUGGAUGGCCACAACCACUUGCUUGUCCAUCUUUCUAGAAAGUCUCUGACGCAGAACUUCCUGUACAAUGUGAGCACAGGACGAGCAGCAGUGGCACAGUCUACCUUUUUUGAACGUCAAUAUAGAGAAGGUUUCGACAUGGUGGUGUCUCCUCUAGUCCACGCUCUCUCUGAGCCAAACUUCCUAGAGGUGCCUCCGCAAGUCCCUGUCAAGAGGAAGUACCUCUUCACCUUUCAGGGAGAAAAGGUUGAGUCUUUGAGGAGCAGCUUGCUUGAAGCCCCACCACAGUCUUUUGAGGAGGAAAUGGAAGGGGAUCCACCAGCUGACUAUGAUGAUCGCAUUAUUGGCACACUUAAAGCUGUACAGGACAGUCACCUAGACCAGGUUCUUGUUGAGUUCACUUGCAAGAAUCAGCCCAAGACAAGUUUACCAACAGAGUGGGCAUUGUGUGGCGAGCGAGAGGAUCGUUUAGAGGUACUGAAGGUUUCUACAUUUGCCCUGGUGAUAUCUCCAGGUGAUGGCCAGUUGGUGGCAUCUGCUGGCUGUAGCAUGAGACUUUUUGAGGCUUUGGAAGUUGGGGCAAUACCGGUGGUGCUUGGCGACCACUCAAAGUUGCCCUACCAUCACCUCAUACGCUGGAGUGAGGCAGUCAUUAUGGUACCCAAGCCUCGCAUUACGGAGCUGCACUUUCUGUUGCGUAGCAUCUCAGACAAUGAUCUUCUGGCCAUGCGACGGCAGGGUCGGUUUCUUUGGGAGACGUACUUCUCCACGUCAGAGAGCAUAUUCAGCACCAUCCUGGCUAGUGUACGAACCAGCAUCCAGAUACCAGCAGCACCCAUACGUGAGGAGCCUGCCCAGGAGAUUCCUCACAAAGCUGGAAAGUUGGCAGGAACCGAUGCUAACAUGGCUGACAAUGGUGACCUCGAUCUAGGGCCUGUUGAAGUAGAGCCCCCUUAUGCUUCGCCACGCUUCUUGCGUAACUUUACCUACACAGCUGCUGAUGUUUACCGCACCUGGAAUCGUGCACCUGGCCCUUUCCAUCUAUUCCCACAUACUCCCUUGGACCCUGUACUUCCUUCAGAGGCCAAGUUUCUGGGGUCGGGGACUGGUUUUCGUCCUAUCGGUGGUGGUUCUGGGGGAUCUGGUAAAGAGUUUCAGGCCGCUCUAGGAGGUAACGUCCCACGGGAGCAGUUCACUGUGGUCAUGCUUACUUAUGAACGGGAGGAGGUUCUUAUGAACUCACUGGAAAGACUUAAUGGUCUUCCUUAUCUCAACAAAGUGGUGGUUGUGUGGAAUUCCCCCAAACCACCUUCUGAUGAUCUGCUCUGGCCAGACAUUGGUCUACCUAUUGUGGUGGUACGCACAGAGAAAAACAGCUUAAACAAUCGCUUCCUUCCCUGGGAUGCAGUCGAGACUGAGGCUAUUUUGUCUAUUGAUGAUGAUGCCCAUCUUCGACACGAUGAAAUUAUGUUUGGGUUCAGGGUGUGGCGGGAGGCCAGAGACCGGAUUGUGGGUUUCCCGGGAAGGUUUCAUGCUUGGGAUGUAAAUCACCAAUCUUGGCUCUACAAUUCGAACUACUCCUGCGAGCUCUCCAUGGUACUGACGGGUGCGGCCUUCUUCCAUAAGUAUUACGCAUACCUCUAUUCCUACGUCAUGCCUCAAGCUAUACGUGACAUGGUGGACGAGUACAUCAACUGCGAGGAUAUCGCCAUGAACUUCCUCGUGUCGCAUAUCACUCGCAAACCCCCCAUCAAGGUGACGUCACGUUGGACCUUCCGCUGUCCCGGAUGUCCGCAGGCUCUGUCACACGACGAUUCACACUUCCACGAGCGCCACAAGUGCAUCAACUUCUUCGUAAAAGUCUACGGAUACAUGCCGCUGUUAUAUACUCAGUUCAGAGUGGACUCGGUACUCUUCAAGACGAGAUUGCCGCACGACAAGACCAAAUGUUUUAAAUUCAUUUAAUGGAACAAGCACAGGAAUCCGACGAAGCGCUGACACGG